CUCUCGAGAAGCUUCUGCCGCGUUUGGGAGUGAUCUUGGUUGCUUUAUAAUCGUCAUGCGAGGAGAUUGGAACUGCCCCGCUUUGUUUUGAGGGGUGUGGUGACAUCUUCCCACCUAUAAAAGGAAUCCUGUAGCUCUAGCCUAUAUAACCACUUUACCCAUAUCUAUAUCCAAACACAACUUACUUGCUGUGAUUAUCUUCUCUCAAUCAACCUAUUCAUCCAUACCCAUACCUUGCCAGCACCAUGUCCCAGAACAAGGCUCUCGUUUUCAAGAAGAUCCCUCAGGGAUAUCCUGUCCCUGGACAGGACAUUGUUGUCGAGCCCGUGUCGGUCGACCCUAACUCUCCAGCUCCUGCCAAUGGUGUUGUCCUGCAGUCUCUUUACACUAGCCUUGAUCCCUACAUGCGUGGCCGUAUGCGCCCCGCUGAGGUGAAGUCCUACUCUCCUGCCUUUGCCAUGGACAAGCCCAUCGACAGCAGCUCCAUCGCCAAGGUCCUCCGCUCCAACAACUCCAAGUACAAGGAAGGCGAUUUGGUCAUUGGAUUCGUCCCCAUCCAGGAGUACAUUGUCCUGGACGAACAGUCGAUCGCCCGCAUUCGCCCUCUCGAAAACCCCUUGGGCAUCGAGGAUAUCCGUGUCUUCGUGGGUGCCCUUGGUAUGCCUGGUCUGACCGCUUAUUCGUCCCUGUACGAAAUUGGCAAGCCCAAGAAGGGCGAGACCAUCUUCGUUUCUGCCGCUAGCGGUGCCGUCGGUCAGCUGGUCGGUCAGCUCGCUAAGCAUGAAGGCCUCAAGGUCAUCGGCAGUGUCGGAUCAGAUGACAAGCUGGAAUAUAUCACCAAGGAGCUGAACUUCGACGGUGGUUUCAACUACAAGAAUGAGAAGCCCGCCGAUGCGCUGGCCCGCUUGGCCCCCGAAGGUAUCGAUAUCUAUUAUGAGAACGUUGGAGGUGAGCACCUGGAGGCUGCUUUGGAUGCCAUGAACAACUUUGGCCGUGUCGUCGUUUGCGGUAUGAUCUCGCAGUACAACUCGGCCCCUUACCCCAUCAAGAACAUUCAAUACGUCUUGACUAAACGCCUGACUAUGCGUGGCUUCAUUGUUGGCGAUGCCGGCAUGGGUGACAAGUACACCAAGGAGCACCAGGAGAACGUUCAGAAGUGGAUCAAGGAGGGUUCAUUCAAAGCUCUGACCCACGAGACCGUUGGCAUUGACAAUUCCGCCGACGCUCUACUUGGUAUCUUCCACGGAAAGAACAAGGGCAAGGCUGUCCUGAAGUUCUAAGCUGCUCAUCUUUCAUUGCAUAGUAUAUAGUUCAUUUUGCAGAGAGGCGUUAUUUGUGAACCUCGGUAAACUGAUGUUAUAAUGGAUAGUAUUGAGAAUAUAAUGAAUCUUCAAGAAAAAUG